AUGCCUCAGUCCAUGCAGAAGCACCUUCGCUCCGCAACGACGCGCGACGUCGAAAAGAAACUCGGUAAGGGCAAGCCUGUGAGCUUCAUUCGUAUUGGUGAUGGCGACGUCUUUUGCCUCAGUGGGUCAGCAGGUUCCAACCUAGAGGGCAUCAGCUAUGCCGCCCACAAGGCCCAAUGCAACGACCUGGCAACGUCUCUACAACAGCUUGGUUCGCACGAUGACUCCAACAUGUACGUCUUAGUUGGCACUUUUUUCUUAUGCCGUAAUGGUGUCGGGUCAGACUUUGAUAGUUUCCUCCAGACCCAUGAGAUGCACAGCAACUUCAAGGGCUUUAUCACCUCUGUCUUUUACUUGGAUCUCACCGGCCGAGAGAAUCCUUCUGGAAGUGGGAACUAUGGCCCUCCGCCAAAUCCUGUCGUGCCCUCGACAUUUCCUUCGCUUGUCGGCCGGAAAGUGGUGGUUGUUGGACCGCGACACUUGCAGAAGCUGUCACACACUCUGAAUACUGCAAGCUUUCUCGAAGCCUCCAAUGCAGCAGACCGUGUGGAUAGUCUGGUCCAGAAAAUGAGGCUGGAAAGCGCCAAGUGGCCGAAAGAGAAUGUGGUUUUUCUCGUUUCUGGCGGGUUUGGCGGCAGACUUGCCAUCCUGAAGGCCUUCAAGCACUUGGGCCAUAAAGACAGCUUCAUCGAUACAGGGGCAAGCCUGGACGGCUUUGCAGGCGAAGAGAGUCGCAGCUUCAAUCAGCGCGGUCGAGAGCUCUACGAUGCCGCUUGGCAGGGAGAUUUCGACGGCGUUUUUGAUGCCCUGGAGGCGGGUGCAGACCCUUAUGCAAAGUAUGGGGUCCGCAAGAUCACGGCGUUGCACGUGGCUGCAAGAACGGGAAACCGUCAAAUCCUGGACAUGCUGUUGACAUGGGAGAAAGCCCCAAAGCCACAGCUUGACGUUCAGAACAAGGAUGGCGAAACACCCCUGUUUGGGGCCGUCAUCGAGGGACAUGUUGGCACAACCCAGGCGCUGGUGGAUGCGAAGGCGGACGUGAAUGUCAAGGACAACGAAGGCCGAACUGUAUUGUGCAUUGCGCAGCAGCGGGAGCAGCAGGACUUCGUUGACUUUCUCAUCAGCAGGGGUGCGAUCGAUUCGGAAUAA